GGAUCGAAAGAUGGAGCUUGAUGAGACUGAGGAAGAAAAGCGGCGUAAAAAGGAAUUAAAGAAGGAGACAAAGAAGGAAAAGCACAAGAAGAAGAAAGAAAAGAAGGCAAAAAAGGAAAAGAAAAAACACAAGAAACGGUCUCACUCAAAGGAACACAAGAAGGAACGCAAGUCAGCAGAAGCGGAACCACCAGAAAAAAAGCCAAGACGAGAGAAAACAGCAGAGGAAAAUGGUGACAUGAAACUUGAAAAGUCUGUCAAGGUUGAAGAACGGCCAGACAAAAAAUCCUCUGGUGAGAUGGAAUCCUCCUCACUAAAGAAUGACAAGUCAACAAGCAAAGAGAGGGUUUUGAAGGAGAAGGAGGAGGAGGAGGAAGAAGAAUCCGUUUCUCGGACAGAUGGUGAUAAACCCAAAGGCCCCGUCUCCCUGGAAGAACUUUUAUUGAAAAAGAGGGCUGCUGAAACGGAAGAGGCAAAGCCAAAGUUCAUUUCAAAGGAAGAAAGGGCUAGACUGGCGCUGCUGAAAAGAGAGGAGGAAAUAAAGGAACAACGAAAGCGCGCAACCGAAGAACUUAAGAAACAGAUUGACUAUUUAUCGAAAAAUAAGGGUUCGUACAUUGUCUUAAUUCAUCAAGUACUUCUUCUAGAUAACUUUGAUAGAAUGGAUAGAACGGACUAUGAGUAUCGUUCUCAUGACAGGUAUAGACGCCGCGAUGAAUUAGACAGACGGUAUCCGGACAAAUCACGGGCGUCCGGUCCAUCCGGCAAAUCGUUGAACGUUUCCGACAAGGUCAAGGAGGAGGAAGCCAUUAAGGAGAGGUAUUUGGGACAGAAGAGGUUCACGAAGCGUCGUCAAAGGCGCAUGAACGAACGCAAAUUUGUGUUUGAUUGGGAUGCUAACGAAGAUACUAGUCAGGACUAUAAUCCACUCUACAAGGAAAAACAUCAAAUUCAAUUUUUCGGACGAGGUCACAUCGGUGGCAUCGACAUUAAGCAACAAAAACGAGAAAUCGGAAGAUUCUACGCAAAAAUGCUGGAGGGAAGACGUUCUGACACUCAAAAAGAACAAGAAUCGUAUGCGAACUUGUGUACUUGCCUUAACAUGUAUUCUCCCCUAGGAAACGUCUCCAUAGCGGGCUACGAAGAACCGACUGCCAUCCAGCGUCAAGCCAUACCAAUAGGACUCCAAAACAGAGAUAUUAUUGGUGUAGCCGAGACGGGUUCUGGUAAGACCCUUGCGUUCCUGGUGCCUCUCCUCACAUGGAUCCAAAGUUUGCCGAAACUCGAGAGACUAGAGGAUGCAGAACAGGGUCCCUAUGCCCUAAUAUUGGCGCCGACUCGAGAAUUGGCUCAACAGAUUGAAGAGGAGUCCGUGAAAUUUGGCAGUCCUUUAGGAAUUAAAACUUUGGCUGUGAUUGGUGGUCUUUCGCGCGAAGACCAGGCACUAAAACUGCGAAUGGGUGCAGAGAUUAUCAUCGGAACGCCUGGCCGCAUGAACGACGUCCUGGAGAACCGGUACAUUGUCCUCAAUCAGUGCACAUAUCUCGUUCUUGAUGAGGCAGAUAAAAUGAUUGACAUGGGUUUUGAACCAGACGUGAACAGCAUUUUGGCCUACCUCCCCGUGACUAACCAGAAGCCAGACACCGAGGACGCUGAAGAUCAUGCUAAGCUACUGGCAAACUUUUCAAGCAAACAAAAGUACCGCCAGACAGUCAUGUUUACGGCUACAAUGCCACCGGCUGUAGAACGUCUUGCGCGGUCUUAUCUGCGUCGGCCAGCAAUCGUGUACGUCGGUACUGCGGGCAAACCCACGGAACGCGUGGAACAAAUUGUUUACAUGGUGCAGGAACAAGGCAAACGGAAGAAACUGUUGAGCAUCCUUGGUGAGGGCAUCGAACCCCCGGUUAUCAUCUUCGUGAAUCAGAAGAAGGGCGCAGAUGUGCUCGCCAAAGGCUUGGAGAAGCUCGGACAUUCGGCCGUCGUUCUUCACGGUGGAAAGGGUCAGGAGCAACGAGAAUAUGCCCUUGCAAGCCUUAAGAACGGCACAAAGGAGAUC